GGGCGGGUGGGCAGCAUCCCUUCGUCGUCCCGGCGCGCCCACCGCGGGGUGCGGACUAUUCCCGGGGGCUCAGCAUGGAGACCUGGGCGCCGACGGCCCCCGCCCCGCACCCUCGGGCUGAUUGGUCCUUUCCCCGGGUGCUGACCGAGCGGCCGCCCGCUGACUAGCCGGGUUGGGGCGGGCGUGGGCCGGCCCGGGACGCCCCUCGGGCUGGGUGAGCAGGAAGCGCCGGGUGAGACGGAGAGGAAAAGCGGGAGCGGGCGGGCGGGCGUCUUGGGCCGAGCGGCGUGAGAAGGUCGUGGGAAGAGGUGGCCAUCAGCCAGAGACCCAGGGGCAGGCGGCGCCGCAGGAGGGAGCCCGUCCCGGUGGGCAGGCGGCAGGAAGCCGGUCCGAGCUGGGCGGGGCCUCCCGCGGAGGUGAGUGGACCUGAGAGGUGACGGAGGGGCCCCUCGUCAGGAGCUGGGCCGUCGCAGGGGGUGGCGCUGCGAGCGAAGGAAUGGCACGUGACGGUGGCACCGCGAGGCACGGUGCUGCUGUGGGCGCAGGAUGGGCCCGGGAGGGACCCUGACGGGCCUGAGGGAUGGUCUGGUCCGAGCGGAGGCGGGAGGGGUUUCGGAGGCGUUGCUGGCGGGAUCUCCGGACGGUGCGUGCUGGACCCGAGCGCCGGGCAGGGCGACCUUCCACCCAGCGCCUGGAAAGGCCGAGUUGCCGACCACGGAGCCGCCGUAAGGGCCGGGCAUCCGAGCACAAGGACCAGCUUUCUCGGCUGAAGGACAAAGACCCCGAGUUCUACAGGUUCCUGCAGGAGAACGACCAGAGCCUGCUGAACUUCAGCGACUCGGACGGCUCGGAGGCCGGCGCGGAGCAGCUGCACCCCCUGCCGGGCGCGCUGGAGGAAGCCAGUGAAGAGGACGGUGAGGAGGACGAGGAUGGGGCCUCCAGAGCGCCGGAGGGGAAGAAGAGGGAUGCUACCCCGGUGACCCUGGCCAUGGUCGAGAGGUGGAAGCAGGCAGCGAAACAGCACCUGACUCCCAGGCUGUUCCACGAAGUGGUGCAGGCGUUCCGAGCAGCUGUGGCUACCACCCAAGGAGACCCAGCGGGUGCUGAGGCCAUUAAAUUCCAGGUCACAGACAGUGCUGUGUUCAACGCUCUGGUCACCUUCUGCAUCAGAGAUCUCCUUGGCUGCCUCCAGAAGCUGCUAUUUGGAAAAGCCCCAAAGGACAGCAGCAGGGUGCUGCAGCCAUCCAGUAGCCCGCUGUGGGGGAAGCUCCGGCUGGACGUCAAGGCUUACCUGAGCUCAGUCAUGCAGCUAGUGGCCUGCGUGGCAGAGGCGACGGUGGCAGCGGCCCUCCUGCAGCACAUCAGCAGCUCCGUGCCCUACUUCUUGACCUUCCCCAAGCAGUGCCGCAUGCUGCUCAAGAGGAUGGUGGUCCUGUGGAGCACGGGCGAGGAGACAGUCCGAGUGUUGGCCUUCCUGGUCCUCAUCAGAGUCUGCCGGCACAAGAAAGACACCUUCCUGAGCCCCGUCCUGAAGCAAAUGUACAUCACGUACGUGAGGAACUGCAAGUUCACCUCCCCCAGCACCCUGCCCCUCAUCAGCUUCAUGCAGCGGACGCUGACCGAGCUGCUGGCGCUGGACACCAGCGUCGCCUACCAGCAUGCCUUCCUGUACAUCCGCCAGCUCGCCAUCCACCUGCGCAACGCCAUGACCAUGCGCAAGAAGGAGACACACCAGUCCGUGUACAAUUGGCAGUUCAUGCACUGCCUGCAGCUGUGGUGCCGCGUCCUCAGCACCAUCUGCCCCAGCGACACCCUCCAGCCCUUGAUCUACCCCCUCGCCCAGGUCGUGCUCGGCUGCAUCAAGCUGGUUCCGACCGCACGCUUCUACCCGCUGCGCAUGCACUGCGUGCGCAUCCUGACGCUGCUCUCCGAGGGCACCGGCACCUUCAUCCCCGUGCUGCCCUUCAUCCUCGAGGUUUUCCAGCAGGUUGACUUCAACAGGAAGCCGGGACGGAUGAGUUCCAAGCCCAUCAACUUCGCUGUGAUCCUGAAGCUGUCUAAGGUCAACCUGCAGGAGAAGGCUUACCGGGACGGGCUGGUGGAGCAGCUGUACGACCUCACCCUCGAGUACCUGCACAGCCAGGCCCAUAGCAUCGCCUUCCCGGAGCUGGCGCUGCCCGCCAUCCUGCAGCUGAAGUCCUUCCUCCGAGAGUGCAAGGUAGCCAACUACUGCCGGCAGGUGCGCCAGCUGCUGGAGAAGGUGCAGGAGAACGCAGACCACAUCUGCAGCCUCCGCCAGAGGGCCUCCUUUGGUGUGGCCAACCGGCAGGCCGUGGAUGACUGGGAGAAGCAGACCCGAGAAGAGGGGACUCCGCUCACCAAGUACUACAGCCAGUGGCGGAAACUGAGGGACCGGGAGAUCCAGCUGGAAAUCAGUGGCAAAGAGCGGCUGGAAGACCUGAACUUCCCCGAGAUAAAGCGGCGGAAGCUGGGGGACAGAAAGGAUGAGGACAGGGUGGAAUUCAAGGACCUCUUCGACCUGGACAGUGAUGAUGAUGAUGCUGCAGACUUCUCAGAGAGAGUUACAUCUAGGUCUCCUGGAGCUCAGCAGGGGGCAGAGGACGACGACCAGGAUGACGACGAGGGUGAAGACAAGGACGGCAGCAGUAGUGGCCAAGAAGUUAGCAACUCAGACGACGGAGGCUCAGAUGCAGAGUCAGGGCUGGCCCCCCGGGAGCUGUGGCGACUGCUUGCCCAGGGGCCGGAGGAUGAACUGGAGGACCUACAACUCUCUGAGGAGGACUGAGGGCCACCAUCCUGGUCUGCCUGCAGUGCCCCAUCUCACCAGCAGUUCAGCCUUGGGGUCAGUGCCCAUACCCCAGGAAGGACAGUAGAUGGCGGACAGGGCUUUAUUUUUACAACAUAAAAGACCAGGAAGUACCAAGCACUGUGCUGAUCACUGGAGUGGCAGCCUUGGUGACUGACACCUGCCUGCAUUAUGGAGCCAGCCCACUGCUGCACCCAAGGGUGCUGGGUACCCAUGAGGGAAGCUGCGCUCUCACCUGAUGUCAGGACGCUGAAAUCUCACUGCAGUCCGUUCCCAAGGGAGCCAGGGGCCGGCCUGGCCCGUGAACCGCUUGUCUUUGGUUUGUCUGCAGCACCGGGCUGGAUCCCAGGCGUGUGCGCCAGGCUCUGCGUCACCCCCACAAGUUUUUUAAAACACAUUCCUUUCUUCUUGUCA